UUUGAAUUCUUCAUCUGAAGUGAAAGUAGAAAAUUUAUUCAUAUUCUGCUACAUAUGAUUGCUUCCAGAUACUCAAACUAAACCCAAUCGGGAGAUAGCCUUUCCGAAAGAAGUUUGAGAUACGUUCAAGCACGAACGACAUCGACUUCCACAACUUCCAACUACUAUUUCCGGAGGCCCUCGCCGUGGCGAGAAGAUCAAUCGAAUUGCGGUGAUCAAUUCGAUAUAUAGAAUCCAUCAUGUUUCAACCUAGGAUACUUGCGCGACAAUGUCCAAGGGCAACAUGCAAUUACCUACCCAUCAUUCGACCAUUCCCUCGCACAUACGCAACGGUCGUUGAGCCAGUAAAGGCUGAAGUCCCUGCAGCACAAGCUGUAACAGCAGGUUUUGCACCUCCUAUGUCCUCAUCAGAGAGCACUAGUGCUACUUUUGCUAUGCGAACAUAUAAGCCAAGAACGCCUGGUGUCAGACAUUUAAAGAGACCUAUAAACGACCACUUAUGGAAAGGAAGACCAUUUUUACCUUUGACUUUCGCUAAGAAGGGCCAUGGAAAGGGAGGAAGAAAUAAUAGUGGUCGAGUCACAGUUAGACAUCGAGGUGGUGGUCAUAAGAGAAGAAUUCGUACCGUGGACUUUCAUCGAAUGACACCUGGAGUACAUACAGUGGAGCGUAUUGAACAUGAUCCAGGAAGGAGUGCGCAUAUUGCAUUAUUGAAUGAAGAAGCUACCGGUAGAAAGAGCUAUAUCGUUGCUGCGGAGGGUAUGAGGGCUGGAGAUAAAGUACAAAGUUAUCGAGCCGGUAUACCAAGAGAUUUAUUAGAGAGUAUGGGAGGAUUUAUAGAUCCUGGUGUGUUGGCUGCAAAGACUGCUUGGAGAGGAAACUGUUUACCAUUACACAUGAUCCCUAUUGGUACAAGUGUUUACAAUGUUGGAUCAGCAAAAGGAAGAGGUGCUGUGUUCUGUAGAAGUGCAGGAACACAUGCGGUUGUGGUGACAAAAGAUGACGAGACAUCCAACAAAAAUAAAGGACCAAUGUAUGCCACUGUACGAUUGCAAAGUGGUGAGGUGAGAAAGGUUAGUAUACAUGCAUGCGCAACUGUAGGCAUUGCUAGUAAUCCUCAUCAUCAACAUCGACAACUUGGUAAAGCUGGUCGUUCAAGAUGGUUGAACAUUAGACCAACAGUUAGAGGUCUUGCUAUGAACGCUGGUACGUAUCUUAUACUCAAUUACAAUUUAAGUGGUGAAUGCUGACCAAUUUCACAGCCGACCAUCCACACGGAGGAGGAAGAGGUAAAUCGAAGGGUAACGUCGACCCUGUCAGUCCAUGGGGUCAACCAGUAUGUAAUCCAUCCUUCAAACUCAAAGAUUCAUACUAACAUUACUUUCCACAGGCCAAAGGAGGUUACAAAACCAGAAAGGUUCGCAAGCCUAAUAAAUGGGUGGUAACUCCUCGUGAAAGAAAUCACGGAAAGAGAAGAACAAAGUAGAGGCUCAAUUAUCAUGAUACACAUUGUAUUGAAGUUGUACAUGUAGACUAUGUAGCUUCCCUAUCACAUAUGGAAGUAUCCUUUACAUACCAUGUAUAAUAUCAAACACGGAAUAAAAGAUAUGCCUACCAAUCCUCCACGCUUGACAUGCUCAUUUGCAUUUCCUUU